GGGAGGGGGGGGAAUGGCUGACAUCCCUGUGAGUCCUGGGAUUACUCCCGCCGGACCCAGAAUGGGACCCGGUCCGGCAGAAGGCGCCGACGCUCUGUUCGUGACCCUGAGCGCUGGUUUCACGGUCCUCAGCCACCCGCUGCUCUACGUGAAGCUUCUGGUGCAGGUUGGGCAUGAGCCUCUACCUCCAACUGUUGGGAGAAAUUUACUGGGGAGGAAAGUAUUUUAUCUUCCUGGAUUUUUUACAUAUGCCAGGCACAUUGUUGAAGUGGAUGGGAAAAUGGGUCUUUUCCGUGGUCUUUCUCCUCGUAUCAUCUCUAGCAUUUUAUCUACCAUAAACCGAGAACAAGUGAAGAAGGCCUUCCCUCUAGAAGAUAUGGAGCAUGUUUCCAAUAAGGAUGAUAUGAAGACAUCUCUCAGGAAAGUGACGAAAGAGACUUGCCAUGAGAUGACGAUGCAAUGUGUAUCCCGAAUUAUUUCUCAUCCACUUCAUGUAAUAUCUAUGCGCUGUAUGGUCCAGUUCGUAGGACGAGAAGUUAAGUACAGCAAUAUAUUUAGUUCAGUCAAGACAAUUUGGAAAGAAGAAGGACUCUUGGGAUUCUUUGUAGGUUUAGUUCCUCAUGUCCUAGGUGAUCUUAUUUUUCUGUGGUGUUGCAAUCUUCUGGCUCAUUUUAUCAACACUUACGCUGUGGAUGACAAUUUCCACCAAGCUUCUGUCAUUCGGAGCUACACUAAAUUUGUGAUGGGGAUUGCCGUGAGCAUGUUGACAUACCCUUUUCUUCUUGUGGGUGAUCUCAUGGCAGUGAACAACUGUGGGUUACUUGCAGGGCUCCCUCCAUAUGCCCCUGUGUUUUCUUCUUGGAUUCAUUGUUGGAGACACCUUAGUGCUCAGGUGAGUAUCAUUCUUUCUCUGAAAUGGAUACUGGCCCAUGUAAAUAAUUCCAUCUUUUUUCUUUCUUUCUUUUUUCUUUUUUUCUUCUUUACUAUUUCUUGCCUUAUUCUGAAUUACAAGCACAUAAAAACAAGCAGCAGAUAAAAUGGCCCUCUCGUUGACUAUGAAAAAGAUUGUCUCCCCUCACCUUUUAUCUUUACAUUUUCUUCCUUUAAUCUUUGAAAGCUCCUUCAGUCUUUUCCCAUUGGAGGGAAUUUACAAUACAUGGGUUCUUUAUAUAUGUUAUAUUAAGUAGAGAUUUCCUAAAGAUGUAUUGCUAAAAGGCACAACUACAAAUCUGGCAAGGAAUGGUAGGGAUCCAGUUUUAAAUUUUGCUUUGUUUCUUAUAAAAAACACUACUUUUUAUUGAAAAGCAAGACUUUUUUAACUUACCUGUGCAUCAAAAUAUUUUCAUAACUUUUUAUAUAUUAUUUGGUUCCUGUUUUCUUUCUCCCCUUAUACUUUUAACGCUUGAGAUUAUUAGUUGCAUUUUUCUAAUUGUAUAGAUCUCUUGCUUUAUUUUAAUCCAAACCAUGCCAUCAUUAUUUGUCUUUAUAUGCAUAUGUUUUAUUUUCUAUAGUGUUAGUAUUGUCAGUUCAAUUGUGUUUUUCAGCAUAUAUUGAGAUGUGCAAACAGGAACAUUCUAUGCCUUUAUUAACUUCUUUUUAAAAAAAUAAAUUUACAACAUCAUCAGAACAUAUUAUCAGAUGACAACUUGAUUCUUGUAGGCUUUGAAUUCUGUGCGUUCUUUUCUCCCUCUCCCACAAUCAUUUGCUUAUACAUAGCCUAAUUAUAUAUUGUGUCUAAAUAGGGGCGUCAGUUUAUGAUUUUUCUGUGUGUUGUGGUAGUGUUCUCCACGCAAUAAGAUCUCAUUCUUCUUUCCUCUCAAAAGUUUAUGCAAACUUCAUUCAUGUGCAGAGGAAAAAAAACCAGAAAUAUUUGAGAAUUAAGGCUGUUCAUUGGAAGGAACAGUGUUUCAUUUUCAUGUCUAGUAAUCUUGGAUAAAUUUUUGCAAGUAAAAAAAAUAUUUUGUGUUGCCUAUAAUAUUUGCAUAAUAAAAUCUUUAGAACAAUAUCACUUUAUUGCUUAAUUUGUAACUAAGUUAAUCAUAUCCAUUUGUAGCCAUUUAUUGAUACAGUAUAUUUGUUCGAAAAACAAAAAAUGAUACUUUUUAAAAUAAACUUUAACAAUGUAUCUCAAUCAGUUUCCAAGGUUUUCUAUUUAUCAGACAUAGCAAGAACUUGAAACUGAUUUUACAUUCAAUAUAAAUCUAAACCCUCCCCCCCCCAAAAAAAGCACUGUGGUACAUUUGAAAAGUCUCUCAUUCUACUGCAGUGGUAGUCAACCUGGUCCCUACCGCCCACUAGUGGGCAUUCCAGCUUUCACGGUGGGCGGUAGGGGUUUCGUCUGAUACUGAAGCACUUUUUUUUUAUUUAAUUGACUUUUUAAAAAAUUUCAUAGCAUUAUUUAAAAACAUUUUCAUUAGGUUUUCAUAAAAUUCCCUGUGACAAUUUAAAUUUCUGAAAAUAUACUAUUUGUAUCGCCUGCGCAUAAGUUUAGUUCACAUUAUGUAAGUAAAGCUAAAUGGCGCUAUAGUCCGACCGCAAAAAAAAGUCUCAUCCCAGAAUAGCUCGUGCAUCUCCCCCUGCAUCACCCAGCUGUAACAGACAAGCAGAACUGGUAGCCGAUGCCCCCCCCAUCCACGAUGCGUGAGAGGCAUGCGCAGACGAUGAUACACGACGCAUUACUGUGGAACCGGUGGGCGGUUAGAAAAUUUUACUAUUAACAGAGAUACAAAAGUGGGUGGUAGGUAUAAAAAGGUUGACUACCCCUGUUCUAGUGGCUCUCUGGCUCUCAUAAAACAAAAAAGCGGUAUAUUUUUAAAAUUGAGUUUCUAUAAAACCUUUUAAAUACCACUGUUCAAAACCGAAGAGUUUUUGAUUCCUUGUCACUGAACCUUGUCCGCUUAAUGUCUUUCUGUCGUGCUGCCUAAAAGGAAAAUAAAGAGCGUCUUAAAAGCUUCUAAAUAGCUAGUGUGGAGAAUUACUUUUCCCUCAUGAAGGCUUUGGGAAGCUUUCAUUUGAAAUCCUACUAGCAAUAGAGAAGAAACAGAUCACUAAAAUGGGUGUGUGUGUGUGUGUGUGUGUGUGUGUGUGUGUAACCAGGGGUUGCUACUGAAUAUAAAAUUGUGUUGCAUGUGAAUUAUGUCUCUAGGCAAUUUCUUUUUUCUGGCUGACAUCAUCCUGUAAUAGCAUUAUAUUUGCUGUCUUCCAUCAAUAUUCAAAAAGUUAUAAUUUUUGUCCAGCCCUCCACAUCAGGGGUCUCCAACCUUAGCAACUUUAAGACU